CGGAACGCGUUUUUUAGGGCUUCACGCAUCAAUCGCGCACUGUUAAAUGGCCUGCCUGAGCUACAGAAGCAUCAGGCCAAUGUCAACUCGCUUUUGCGCAAUUGCGCCGAAAGCGGCUGUGGUCAGUGAUGAGAUGCUCGCCAGCGUGGCUGGCCUGGAUGUGCUCCGCCAUGGAGGCAACGCUGCUGACGCGGCGCUUGCCAUGGCAGCCUGCAUACAGGUUCUUCAGCCGUAUGCCACCGGUAUUGGAGGUGACUGCUUCGCCAUACACUACGACGCCCGCACCAAGAGAGUUCGCUGCGUCGAUGGAUGUGGCAGAAGCCCGGCCGCGCUUACGCUGGAGAUGGUGGAGUCUAAAAGCAGCUACGACUGGACAAGCGAGAGGUACAUGUACGGCUUGCAAGCGACUGUUCCCGGCGCAGCGAAGGCCUGGUUUCACAUCGCUACUCGUUUCGGCUCUGGAAAGCUCAGCAUGUCGGAGCUACUAGCGCCGGCAGUCAGCUACGCCGAGAACGGAUUCCCUAUGGAUCACGUCAACCAGGGCAUGUGGCAGAUCAUGCACAGUCGUCUGAAACGAUUACCCGGAGGCCGGUAUUUCCUCAACAAGGACAACAGUUUGCCCUCGCUUGGUCAGAUAAUGGUGAACAGGCCACUGGCAAGGCUUUUUAAGAGACUAGGCCAGGAGGGACCGAAGGUGGUAUACAAGGGAUGUGUGGCUGAAGGAAUCGUGGAUGCUGUUCGUCGGGCGGGUGGUGUUCUUUCCACCGAAGACCUUUCUGAUCACAUGGAGUCUACUGAGCCCGUUGAGACGGAACCUGCGUCCACCACGUACCGAGGAGAGGUCGCAGUGCAUACGACGACCCUUCCGACACAGGGUGCCGUGCUUUUAGAGGCCCUUAACAUACUCAACCAGUUUGAUCUGAAAGAGAUCAAGCACAUCCCUGGUCAGUUUGAGCACUUUGUGAUUGAAGCACUUCGCCACGCCAUCGCCGAUGGCUUGCGACAUGUAGGGGAUCCUCGCACUGGUGGCUCACUGGAUGAGAUGCUCUCACAUCAACGUGCAAGCAACAAUGCAGCAAUGGUGAAAUUUGACAGAAAAAUGGAAUCCGUUUACCCGGAAGCUGCACUUUCAAUGGAAAAUUCAGGUACCACGUUUGUGGCGGCUGCUGACGAGGCUGGAAACGUAUGUGGAUUGAUCGGAAGCCUCGCAGAAUAUUUUGGAUGUGCUGUCGUCGAAGAGCACGGAUUUGCUAUUCAGAGACGAGGAGCCGCAUUCAACCGAGUUUCCGGGCACCCAAAUUGUUUCGGGCCCCUAAAAAAGCCGUUCCACACGCUCAUGCCUGUUAUGGUGACAGAUGCAUGCUCAGGAGACUGGCUAUGCACGAUGGGCACUAUGGGUGGACUCAUACAGACAAGCGUCCUAGCCCAGGUGCUGCUUAACAUGGUCGAGCUUGGUCUAGACCCACAACAGUCACUAUCUAAACCGCGCUUUCUAGUUGGGUCUACCCGAAGGAUGCACCCAGAUGAUCUUCUCAGGAUCGGGGCGGACGCCUUCCGCACUGACAAUGUGUCCGAGAAAGCGGAGCUCGCGAAAGCCCAAGUGGCAUUUUUCGGGUUUUAUGUUCAAUCCCGCCGUGCGAAUAGCAUCCAGAACUUCUCUCAGUCGCUGCACGUGCUGCUCGAAUGUAGUGGAGAAGACCACCACAUCAUCAAGGUAGACGAGGCACAACUGCCAUUUCAGUCCGGAGAGACUGAAAUGGCAGUCGACUGUCCAUCGUCCGUUGGAAUGUGGCUGGCGCAGAACACAGACCAAAUGAAAGCACCUUAA